AUGGCUGCAUCAGACGUGCUUCUUCAUUUUAAUCACGGACGAGUGGAAAGAGUAAAACUGAAGCGAAACUACCCAAGCUUUCUUGAUGGAGAGGAUCUCGCUGAGCGCAACAAUACAGGGGGCCCGCGCCACAUUCCAGGAAUUCACGUCGCUAUCAACUUUGAGCGUCAUCCGAAUAUCCAAUUCUCGCACGGGUUUGGCCUAUGGAAGCAAGAGCGCUUGAGCUUCGCCGAACUCGCCAUGUUGCGGCUCAUGAAUGACCUCACAGAGGAAGAAAAUUGGCAGUCCAAGGUUUUCGACUUUUCUGCGGUGCAGAGAUGGAAAGCACUAGCUCUUUCUCAAUACUUUACCAAUCACGAACUCUGGGACUGGUGCCUCUUCGAGUUGAUGGACAAGGCAAAAGAGCAUGACUUGUCUCGGUCCAUCUUUGCUUUGGACUCUGCAUCCCGAAUUUGCAAAUCAGAUCGGCUGAAAAAUACACAGCUACUCAAAAAUCUGCUCGGUAAUACGGGAAGACGUUCCAUAUCGCCCUGGCUGUAUCCUUUCAUCUACGCGGGGUCACCUAUUCGAGCGGAUGGCCGGGCUGUCAAUCUCGAGAAUAUCACGAGCAGCAUCGGUGGCGGUAUCAUCCCACCGCGGCCGUUCUGGGACAAUGACAAAUGGAGUGGCGAGAUGCAAUACUACUCGAGCAAAUCGCAGUGGCUGGCAGCGGAUAUCACAUUCACUGGACAAGGCAACGUUGUGAGCUUCCUAUCACCAAUCAACAAUCUACAUCCCCUCCGACACAAGCCAUUAUACUCUGCUAUAGAGAACCUGAUAACCGAGUCUAUUCCUGAGUGGAACGAGGUUCUACUUUACAAAUCACUUCAAAGAAAUGGACCACGAAUCAAAUCACAAGAAAGACGACGCUGUGACGCGUGCCUCGGUACCACAAGUGGGACUUGCUUCUGUGCUAUCGAGCUUGGCAACUUCUCCAGAUGGAUGCAAGGUGGGAUCAGUACUGGAACAGAAGAACCUCCUCUAGGCUCAGAUUGGAGUCCGACGUCAGCCUUGAACGGCAAUUACACUAAUGUCAAAAGGCUGUACGACAGCAUAUCCUUGAGCCAGGGAUUCAGGGACCGUGGUCUGCAGGUCUACAUUGAACUGGCGCAUUUAGAGAUUGAUGCAGACGGAAAUAUUCCGGAUGAAGAUUCGAGGCGCUUUGAAUGGGGCCUCAAUGGCAACCGCAACGAGCGCAUCGUCGCCACCUCGCUGAUAUGUCUGCGUCGAGAAAACAUCAAAGAUCAGUCUGGAAAAAUAUCCUUUCGUUCCGAGAUCAAGAAUCACGGUGGUAGAGGAGAAGCUGCUGCCAAGGGAAAACAGCCCAGCAGUUCUAUGCCCACGGCCGUUCCUGGGAAUCCUCUUGAGCCGCAAUUCCAGGAGCUAGUCAGCAUCAGGCUGCCAGAAGGACGAGUCGUGACGUUUCCAAACGCCCUCCAACACAAAUUUGAGCAGCUAGACCUCGACGACGAGUCCAAAUGUGGGCGGUUGCAGUUUCUCGCCAUACACUUGGUAGAUCCUCACUAUCGUCUCUGCUCGACACGGCAUGUGCCGCCACAGAGCGUAUCAUGGUGGUGGGAGGCCGCUAGGCUUGGAUUUGUCUGUUGGCAACACAAGGCUCCCCUCGAGAUUAAAAAUCUCAUUGUCGACUUUGCCAUUGGCGAGGGCUGCGGGCAUUCUAUACAGCAAGCUGAAGAAUCCGAAAAUGUCAGCGACGCAUCGAAUUCUGGGCUACGCUUUGCACCAGACAACUCGCCGGAGCAGGUGCAAGAAGAGAAGCCCAUCAGGAUCGAGGCGGCGACGCGGAUGAGGCAAAAAGCCGUGGCGGAGCACGGCACCAUAAUCCGAGCGCUGAACCACUCGCGAAUAUAUGGCGUGCCCAGUCGGCUGCGCGUGUGGUAUAGACAAAACUGCUCUACUACUGGUGUGCCCCUCGAUUACAGCGAGCCGGAUGAAUCGGGGACAAUCGCCGUCAACUGUGUUGUAAAGAGCGACGGGGAUCUUGUUUGGGCGCCGGAAGAUGGAGAAGAUUCUGACGACGAGGAUUCGGAUGACGAAGAGGAUGGCGCGUUGCCUGGCAGUGUGGCGCAGGAUAACCAGACUCAGCAACAAGAUGAUCAAACGCAAGUUGAUCAAAUGCAAGCUACCCACGCACAAUCCGCUCUGUUGGCAAACAAUCAGACACUGAACCACCAGGCAGAAUAUCACCUUGUAUCAAAUGGCUCGGCAUCAACUUACCAUAUGCCAGUCUCUCAGGAACAGACUGGCCAGGAGCAAACUGAUGAGCAAAAUGAUGAGCAGAAUGAUGAGCAGAAUGGUCACUUGCAGGACGAGCAAGGUGACCCAGAGCAGUCCGAAAGUGACGAGUACGACGCUCAAGAGCAAAUCCUCGAGCAACUAUACACCGAUCAGCUGCAUGCCUCAAGAUUGCGUUUGCAGGCACAACAAGUAAGGGGAGCUACUUCUGACGCUGAAAGCCUGCCCUUGCAGCCUCUGGAAAUCCCUGAGAGGCCACUGAAUGGAGAGUCCACAGGGUCCGACUCAAACUCCAGAAAGCGACACUCUGUCGGUGAAGGACAUGGAACUGUUGCAAAAAUGAGGAGAAGAGAGUAA